AUGGAUUGGCUGCCAGGUUGCAUCACUGAUAGCGAUCCCAUACACGGCAGUGCCUUACGCAAUUUUCUCGAAGAAAGUCAAAUUGAUUAUCGUCCCGUACUCAAAGAAAUCAGUCAAUUAUGCAUGAGAUCAUUGCGUAUUGUUGCCGAUGAUGCCAUCACCAGUGGGCCUCACAAUUUCACAAAGCCUGCCAAGGAUGCAGCUUUGUAUUGCACCCGUAUCGCUGCAAUGGAAAGCAUGGCAAAAAAGCCUGGCCGCUGGUGUCAAUUGCUUGCUCUGUAUGGGAGCGGGUACUGGCCUUGCGGCAUGAUGCCCGAUGGAACGCUAGUAGUACUGUGA